AUAGAGAGAGAAAGCGACAGGGAAAGAGAGAGAGAGAGAGAGAGAGAGAGAGAGAGAGAGUUUCUCUUCGACCUACAGCCAAAUCUUUGGCAACACUGUAAGUUUUUAAGAAAAAAGAAAAAUUAUAAAUAAAGCUGAGAGUCUGAGAGAGUGAUUGAAAAGAGAGAAGAGAAAAAAAAAAAAAAAUUUAGUCGAAAAACGAAGUAGAUUCCUCAGCAUUUGUGAAUCCUGAUCUCUCAAUUCAAACAGAGCCAUCCACCAGCCUUUAAAAAGUUCUGGUUUGGUCCGCUUUCAAGUUCACUAUUUAAAUUCUCCUUCUUUCAUCGAAGCGUUUGCGAGUUUGAAUUGAACGUUAAUAAUAAUCAGUUUUGUUCGGAUCAAAGGUUAUGAUUUUACGUAUAAAGAAUUCUUCUUUUGGGCUGAAUUGUUCGUAGAAAGAUUUUACCGUGAGUAAGUGAAGGAGAUUUUCUCUGAGAAAAUUCAAGACGGUGCUUCUUCAAGAAUCUGAAGUCAAUUGCUUAUCGGAGAAUUCAGUUUUAGCCAGCCGUGAAGGUGAAUGCGCCUCCGAACUCAGGCGGAGGCGCGAAUUUUCUCGUUAGAAUCUAAAUUUUGUAUGCAAAUCGGAUCUGAGAACCAACGGUUGAAUUUUCCAACAAUUCAACACCUGAACAGUGAAUUAAUUAAAGAAUUCACCGAAUCUCCACGGAAUUUUGAAAAAAAAAUUCAGCUGGAGAUGGAGCUUCCUCAAUCCCGUCCCUUUGGAACUGAAGGAAGGAAACCAACACACGACUUUCUGUCACUGUACAGUACUCAUCCAACAGUCCAACAAGAUCCAAGACCGUCUUCUCAAGGUAGUUUCCUCAAAACUCAUGAUUUUCUACAAGUAGGAAAGGAAGAAAGCACGGUUGAAAUAUCAUCGAGUGUUGAAAAGCCACCACCUCCGGCGCCGCCUCCGACUUCUGUGGAACAUAUUCUCCCCGGUGGGAUUGGGACUUACAGUAUAAGCCACAUUUCGUAUUUCAAUCAGAAAGUUCCAAAGCCAGAAGGAUCGAUAUUCACGGUAGCUCGGGCGAGUAGUAGCGAGAGAAACGAUGAGAAUUCUAACUGCAGUUCUUACACUGGAAGUGGUUUCACUUUGUGGGAAGAAUCUGCAGUCAAGAAGGGAAAGACAGGGAAGGAGAAUGCGGGAGAUCAGAGAGCCAAUGGAAGAGAAGCGGCAGUGAAAGUGGGGCAGUGGCCGUCACAAUCGUCUUCUAACAACAAUCACCAUCGCAACAGCUUCAGCUCUCUCUCUUCCUCUCAACAAUCGGGGCUGAAGAGCCAGAGCUUCCUAGAAAUAAUAAAGUCUGCAAAAGAUAGUACACAGGAUGAAGAUUUAGACGAUGAAGAAGAGUACUCUCUGAAGAUAGAGAACUCUUCUACUGUCCUUAAAGGGGAAUUGAAGGUAAAAGUUGAUGGGAAGAACACUGAUCAGAAGCCCAACACGCCAAGAUCAAAACAUUCUGCAACAGAGCAACGAAGAAGGAGCAAAAUAAAUGACAGAUUUCAGAUGUUGAGGGAACUCAUUCCUCACAGUGACCAAAAGAGAGACAAGGCAUCAUUCUUGCUUGAGGUUAUCGAGUACAUUCAGUUCUUACAGGAAAAGGUACACAAGUACGAAGGUUCGUACCAAGGAUGGAACCAAGAAACAGCUAGAUUCAUGCCAUGGCAGAGAAACAAUCAGAAGCCUGUUGAAAGUUAUGUUGAUCACUCCCAAGGCGGGUCUGGUCCUGCAUUGGUGUUUGCUGCCAAGUUUGAUGAGAAAAAGAUACCGAUUUCUCCAGCAACUCCUGGAAAUGCACAGAACCAAGUAGAAUCUGACUUGAGUACUGCUGCUACUUUCAAGACAAUGGAUCAGCAGCCUGGAAUAACAAAUAAAGCAAUGCCCUUUCCUAUGGCGUCGCUUCAGCCAAACUACUUCACUCCGGUUAGGAGUGGCAGUUUGGCCGCUCAACUUCCACCUAGGUUGACAACUGAUGUAGAGCAGCACACAACAUCUCAGCCACAAGGGCAGCUAUGCAAUGCUAGAUCAUGUACAAGUGAUGGGGCUGUUGUCGGCAAUAAGCUGAAAGAACAAGAGCUGAGUAUUGAAAGUGGCACAAUAAACAUCUCAACCGUGUAUUCUCAAGGGUUGUUAAAUACCCUGACACAAGCACUGCAGAAUUCUGGAGUUGAUUUGUCGCAGGCCAGCAUUUCAGUGCAAAUCGAUAUCGGAAAGCGUGCAAAUAGUAGAGCCAUUGACCCAUCAUCCAUUAUUAAGGAAAAUAAGGUUGCCUCCAGCAAUCAAGGAACCACUCGUUGUAGAGGUGGAAACGGUGAGGAGUCGGAUCAAGCAAUAAAGAAGCAAAAAAACAGAUAAAAGGUAGGUUCAGAAAUUUCAUAGUAUUAAAAUUAUAGUUUAUUGUAAUUUAAUUAAUUCAUUUUCGGGGGGUCCUGGUUGAAAGGUAGAUGGAAUGUAUAUGUAGUGGGUUUGAUAUAAAUUGUUGGGAUGCACAGAAUUCCUAACAAAUAUUGGUAUCAUUUGUUGAAUCAUUAUACAUGGUUCCUUACUAUUAAUUGUUGAGAAGCUCUUUUUUUUUCAUUCAAGGCUUCCUCUAUUCAUUUGACAUGUAUCUAAACACGGUUUGGUUGAAAUAUGGAUUUUUUCAACCUUUUCCUUUUAUAAAUACUUGUUAUGGAGCAUAUGCCCAUGCAUUUUACCCCAACUGUUAUGUACU